AUGCAACCAGCGAGACCCCAGCCAAGGGCUCCGGGGAGCUUCUCUCCCCUGCCCCAGAGCAAUGCCUCCUCCACAGACCUGUCACGACCUCGAGUAAGAAGAGUCGAGUCCUCUUCCAGCGACGACUCUGCUCCAUUGACCGUCGCAAAGGCCAGAGUCCAGAAUCCCUCGGCCUCGGGCACGCCCAUCUUCGCCAGCUUCACCUCCCACACCAACUCGAGCACCAACAGCCUCCACAACUUCUCCCGUCCGACGCCCGUCAUCUCCGUCAACACCGCAGCCGCUCUCGCUGCCCGCUCCGUCGCCGCGAGCCAUGACCUGCCCCGAAACACCUCGCCCCUGACCCUCCCGCCCUCGAGCGCCACCGGCAACGGCAACGGCAGAGGUCACUCUCGCAAACACUCGCAGACGGCCGGCCUGUUCGACUCGACCCUGCCGUCUACAUCCACGUCAAACCUCUCGCAGAUCGGCAUGGCCCAGCCAUCUCCGGUCCACCAGCAGCCCCGCGAGCUGUCCGCCAGUCAGAUUGCCGCCCAGGCAGCGGUCAUGCACCACCAGACCCAGCAACAGCAGCAACAGCAACAACUACAUCAGCAACAGUACCAGCAACAUCUUAGGCAGAGGUCGCAGACUGUUCCGGGACCGGGAGAGUCUUAUGAGCCGUCCCCGGCGCAACACAAGCGAGGCAGUGGUGGGCCUCUCAGUCCCCCUCUUUUGAGCCUCACAGAGGCCAGCGCACCCAGAGAGACCGGGUUUGGGGUUCAGGGAUAUCACAAUGGCCUACUUGGGAGCCAUACCGCUGCGGCAGCAGCAGCAGCCAACGUCGUCUAUGCUCGCUCCGGGCAGACAUCGCCGGCUCUCCCAGCACAGCAAGCGCCUCCUCCACCACCACCUCCGCCUCCGAUGCCCGAGAAGAAGGCGGAAAAAUCAUCCAAGGUCAAGCUGUUCUCUAGACCUGGCAAAAUCAGUGUCAAGGGGGAAGCCAAGGACAAGCCUUUACCAAGCCCAAGCAAGAUUGGAACGGCGCUUUCUGCAUUACAGAGGGCCAAUUUCAGUACUACCAGCUUAGACUCUUCGUCUCAGUCAUUCUAUAGUCUGGCGAACUCGUCAUCUGCUACAAUAAGGCCGAUUGAUACGCCUACCGAGAAGGAAGGUAAAGAGAAGAAACAUCAUUUCCUAUCGAGGCAAAAACACAAGCUCAAAGAUAAGGAUGACUACCAUCUCCCGUUGUCAUCGGCCUCCAGCAAUUCUCGGCCCACGGACCCCAAUGCGCCCAGCAGCCUAUAUAACUUUAACCUGCCUCCCAGUCCAGGGCCCAAUACGACUACCUUCAAGAGUAUGAGCGGUCUAGAUCUGCGUCAUGGAGGUCGGGCUUUGCGUGAGAAGAAGAAGGAAGACAAGGGAGAUAUCAACGAAUCCUCCCUAACUCUACAAUCUGAGUGGCCAGGACCUAGCAGUGUGGGAUCCUUACCCAACCAGUCGACUGUGCACCUUGAGCCCGUGGACUCGACCAAGUAUGGUCUCAAUAGCCUGAGUUUGGACGAUGCUUGGCCAUAUUUGAGGGCGAAGCUUCUUGUCAUUUUCGAGGGCGAAGACCUGAGACUUCCGGUGGAAGAUUUCAACCGCGUGGUGACGAUGCAUAUACAAUACUGUAUUCAACGGAGAUCACCCAACAUCAUCGUUGAGGACGUGCGAGAUCUCCUUAAUACAGGCUUCGCCAGCUUGGACCAUACCCUGCGCAAGACUCCGGAAGACCGCAUGAUCCCUGCUCUGGUUGAGCUGUGGCUGUUCAUGUUUACAUCUAUCCUGCCGUACAUGCAGGCUGUCUUCCUUCCACUCGAUCUCGAAUUUGCGGGAACAGGCACACUUCUGACGCCUGACCAAGCAAAAGACUUCUGGGGUGGAGUGGUUGCCACCAGUGCACCAACAGAAACAGUUGCGUCGGCAGGGUCAGCAGGCGGCAUCAGCGUCAGUCCUGCUGCUGCCGUGCUUGAUGUACGGAGGCUUGUGUUGACGGCCUACCGAGACACUGUCGUCCUCCCGCGAUAUGACACCUUGAAAGUCAUCUUCUCUCGCCUUUCACUGGAGUUCCUCCCUCAGUCUUUUGCCAGCAUGGCCCUGGCCAGUCCCCUUCCAGAAAACCAGCUGUCCACCUCACCAUCGGCCGAGUCUACCUUUUCCCUUCAGCAACGCCCAGGCACAGCCAUGUCUCUCGACCCGUCUGUCGCAAGCUACAACUCCAGCAGCACGACUCUGUUUGGCGACGGCUCAGGGGGUAGCCGCAGCCGCGCCAUCAGCAACGUGUCGUUUGCUAGCAGCAGCGACCACACGAACGGCGGCUCGCUGCGCCCAUUCACGCCGUCCAGCCUGCAGGCGCUCGGCGCCGGCAUCCCGGCCCUGGCCCUGGCAACCGGCACCGGCUCCAGCGGGCUGAGCGCCGCCGCGGGCAGCCUUCGGGAGCAGAACGUCGAGGACUCGAAGCAGGUCACGGAGAUGGUCGGCCGCAUGCUGCAGUGCAUGAGCGUGCUGGCGAGCGUGGGGGUCACGGGCGACAAGACGGACGAGGGCAACAAGAAGAUCGAGGAGCUGAGCCGGCUGCUGAAGCUGAACUGGCUGGGCCGUGGGCGGACGGGGAGGAACAGACGGGGGAUCGUGGGCGGGCGGGUCAGGAGGGGAGACCAGCAGCCGGUGAGGGAGGAGGUGAGCGUGGUCUAG